AUGGUUUUGGACUCUGUCAGAGUAGUGAUGUUCUGGGUACUUUCAUGGUUCUUUGUGGUGGCUCUGGGGAAUCCUAGUAGUCUGAAAAAUAUACCAAGAUUGAGCAGCAGCAGUUUAUUUUAUUGUGGCAAGGAAAGCUUACAGUUCACUUUACCUGCAACUCAUGCAGACAUCAUUCCAUUUCUGACUGUGAUAGAUUCAAAAGGCCAGCCGCAUCCUCUUGACAAAUCUACUUGCGUCUCUGUCUCUUGGAAACGUGGAGGCUCUGUGGUGUUCACUAUUCCUUAUGCUGGAUGUUUCUUCACCAAAAAGAAUGAAAACUACCUAAUGACACUCAGGAUUGAAAAGCAAGAUGCUGCUGGCAAAGUCUUUCUCCAUGAAGAGGAGGUGCUCUGUCCAAUACACUUGCCAGAUGCUCCAAGUAGCGGUAUAUGCCUGGGAGUACAGAUGCAAGACUGGCUUCCUUGUGCCUCUUCUCCUAUAUCUCGGGAAGAAUGUGAAGAAAAAGGCUGCUGUUAUGCCCCUGGUGAUCUUCAUGUUCCCUGUUACUAUGGUAAUACAGUGACUGCACACUGCACACCAGAUGGCCACUUCUUAGUUGCAGUAUCUCGAGAUGUGACUCUGCCAUCCCUAAUUCUGGACUCAGUGCAUCUUGUCAGUGGACGUGGCAGUGGUUGUGCUCCUGUGACAAGGAAUGAUGCCUUUGUCCUCUACAACUUCCCACUGUCUGCCUGUGGAACUGCUUUUCAGAGAGCUGGAGAUCAAGGCAUAUAUACCAAUGAGCUCAUGGCUCAUCAUGACAUCCAGAACUGGGACAUGGGAUCCAUCACACGAGACAGCACCUUCAGGCUACGUAUCAGCUGCAGAUAUUCAGCAGAAGGAUUUCUCCCAGUUGGAGUUCAAAUCUUUACUCUACCUCCUCCUCCAUUAAUCACUCAGUAUGGGCCACUCAGUCUAGAGCUAAGAAUAGCCACUGACAAACACUACAGUGAAUACUAUGCCAACAGAGAUUAUCCUGUAAUCAAGUUCUUGAAAGAUCCGGUUUUUCUGGAAGUACGGAUUUUGCAACGAACAGACCCAAACCUUGUAUUGGUUCUUCAUGAGUGCUGGGCCACACCCAGCACUAACCCGCUACAGCAGCCUCAAUGGCCCAUUUUGGUGAACAAGUGUCCAUACAGAGGUGACAAUUACCAGACUCAGUUUGUCCUGACUGGAACAGCUUCAAGGUUGCAGUUUCCAUCUCACUACAAACGCUUCAUCAUCAACACUUUCACUUUUGUGGAUUCUGAUGAUCAACAGGCACUUAAUGGACAUGUUUACUUCCACUGCAGUGCUGCUGCUUGCAUACCAUCUGCAAUGGAAUCCUGCAUGGUUGAUUGUAAUGGGAUCAGAGUCAGGAGAACACCUGUGAACAAGACCUUACAAAACACUCCAAAGAGUCUAGUGACAGCAGAAGGACCAGUAGACUUCCAGAUGGCUAAAGCACAAAACCAUGUUGUGCAAGAAGGUUCCCCUUGGGCUAGUCCAAUCUUGUCAAAAGAAUGGGAGACAGCAUUUAUACUUGCAGUGGGGGCUCUCUCUAUUGCAUUGGCUGUGCUAGGAUUAAGGAAAUACUGGAAGAGAUCAAAAUGUGAGCGGGCUAAUACUCCUUAA